AUGGAUGCUCAACCACAACAGAAUACGAGCAACUUGCUCUGUCUUCCCGCAGAAAUUCUCGUGGAGAUCGUUAAAGAACUGCGUUUUAUCAAUGUUCCUUUUAGCAUCAAGUACCCAGACAUUACAGUGGAGAAAGAGACUCAUCAGAACCUCAAGUCUUUGAGAUUGGCACACAGAACAUUCGCAGAUUGCGAUGACUUGAACAAUAUUCUAUUCAACAACAUUUGCCUCGAACCUACGCGUGCUGGGCUUACAAGUAUUCAGCGCGGCGACUUAUCCCGCGUCGCUCCUCAUGUGCAUUCCAUUACGUUCACAACACCACCCAGCUGGAUGCUUCCCUACAAAGCGUAUGAGAAGAUCCUUCGCAGUUCACAAGAUACAUCUGUUCUCUUUUGGCCUGAAGCGCUGCAGGCUGCGUAUGAAGCAUACAUGAGCGAUGCUAGAGAUACACAGGCAUUACUCGAAGAUCCUGAGAGUGAGCUUAAACAAGCGUGGACGGAAGUCCUCAAGGCAUUGGGGGACCGCCUUGAAAGAGUUAAGCUACUAAGUUACGAUUGCAAGGAGAUUCGUCAGGUCAAGUAUCUUGACGCACCCAGCGAGGACGUCGGUAUGCCGUGGCAACUUCCUCGACACGACCAUGAAGAAGACGAAUGGGAAAGAUUUGGGUUCCGCGAUGAGAACUCCGAGCCUACUGUGGAAUACCAUUGUAAACACGCCACCGCUGUCACGGGUGAUAAGCUCAUCGCCAUGGUCCUCGCAUGCUUGGCAGCUUCGGGUGUUGCUAUCCCUCAUCUCAACAUCCAACUAUUCAUGACGGGUGACGUCGAGUGCAAAGAUAUCCCCGGCUGGGAAGAACUCGACUUCAGCAAGCUAAAGAUACUCCAUAUCUCCCCCGAAAUCCCUUCUGGUGAGAACGGUCUCGUUGAGCGACACCUUUGGGCUAUGUCGGACUCGCAUGCCGAGAAAAUGAAGAUCAAGGCGGGCGACUUCUGUCACGACUUGCUGGACAAGUGUCAUUCCAGCAUACAGCAUUUCGCCUAUGGCAUUGAUCAUGUUGGAAAAGGUGUCCUAUGCUGGCCUAUUCGACAGCCCACCCAUGACUUCCCGGAGCUUACUCACCUGACACAAAAGGGCAACAUUUUCCCCCAAGCCCUCGGACACUGGCUUCUCCAUUUGAAGAGUCUGCGGCACCUCGAGGUGUCUGGCAAAGUUUGUCGAGGACCGUCUAACGUCGACUGGCGCUUUGUUUUUAGUGCGAUUCGUGAACACCCCAACGUAUCAGGUGAUACCCCGAAGGGUCUUAGGGUUGAUCUUGAUGACCUCGACAUGGAGGGUAGCCUUUCUUACAGCGGUGUUGUUUGCAAAGAUACCAGCAUCGCUACGAAAAGACAUGAGCGCGAUAUGAGUCUUGAACACUGGCAGGAUGUGAAUUAUGGCAUUGAAGGUCACUUUUAUGGUGAGGUGCCUCUUAGGGAGAACACCGCGCUGUUAUACGAAAUGGGUCAAUGGGAUCCAGAGGAUCAGGAAGAUGACGAGGACGAUUCUUGA